GGAGGACCGGAGAGGCGGCUGCCCUUGCAGGGAGGAGCAAAUGGCAGGACCAUGAGGGAGAUCAAGGUGGAACAGUUUCAACAGGAAGUCCCUGAGUCCAGAAAAAAGCACAAGACCCCAUCGGGAAAAGGCCAAGAGUUUAUUUCCCUCCCAGCAGACACAGGACAUUUGAGUUUUAGUGCUGAUGUCAUCUGCUGCCUGGGAGAAGACGGACAAUACAUCUCUGCUCAAGGGUCCAUGGAAAAGGAGACAUUAACAGAUGCAGAGACUGUGACAGAAACCGAGGUGGGAUGUUUUCAACAGGAGAUUUCUGUGUCCGAAAAGGAGCACGGGGUGCUCACUGGAAGAUGCCAGGAGGAUCUAUACUUCCUGACAAACACGAGUGAUGAGGUGCCCAGCCUGGUACCUCUGGGAACUACACAGCCAAGUUUCAGCUGGAGUGGAAACAUUACUUCUCAUCCGAGAAUUCGCACAGGGGACUCAGUCUACAAAUGCUUGGAAUGUGGAAAGGUCUUCAGCCAGCGUAACUCUUUUACUGCGCAUCAAAGAAUCCACACAGGAGAGAAACCAUACAAAUGCUUACAGUGUGGAAAGAGGUUCGGACAGAGACCACACCUUACUUUACAUCAGAGAAUUCACACUGGAGAGAAGCCUUAUCAAUGUUCAGAAUGCGGAAAGAGCUUUUCUCACAGGCCGCACCUUACUUCACAUCAAAGAACUCACACAGGAGAGAUGCCAUAUGAAUGCUUGGAGUGUGGAAAGAGCUUCAGGCGGCGUGAUACCCUUACUUUGCAUCAAAGAAUUCACACGGGAGAGAAACCGUAUAAAUGCUUAGAGUGUGGAAAGAGCUUCAUUAGGCGAACAAGCUUUACUUUGCAUCAAAGAAUGCACACGGGCGAGAAACUGUAUAAAUGCUUGGAAUGUGGAAAGAGCUUCAGUCGGCGUUACUCCCUGACUUUGCAUCAAAGAAUUCACACUGGGGAGAAGCCAUAUGCCUGCUCAGAAUGUGGAAAGAGCUUCCGUCAGCGUGACUCCCUUAUUUUGCAUCAAAGGAUUCACACAGGGGAGACCCCAUAUAAAUGCUUGGAAUGUGGAAAGAGUUUCAGUUGUAACAAAACUUUAAUUUCUCAUCAAAUAAUUCACACAGGAGAGAAACCAUAUAAAUGCUUGGAGUGUGGAAAGAACUUUCUUUACAGCAGAAGCCUUACUUUGCACCAAAGGAAACACACAGGGGAGAAACCAUAUAAAUGUUUGGAGUGUGGAAAGAGCUUUUAUGACAAUGGGACCCUUACUUCACACCAGAGAAUCCACACCGGGGAGAAACCCUAUACAUGCUCAGAGUGUGGCAUGAGGUUUUCUCACAGCGGAUCCCUUACUUUGCAUCGGAGAAUUCACACAGGAGAGAAACCCUAUACAUGCUCCGAGUGUGGCAAGAGCUUUUCUCAAAGCGGAUCCCUUACUUCACAUCGAAGAAUCCACACAGGAGAGAAGCCCUACACGUGCUCGGAGUGCGGCAAGAGCUUCAGAUUCUGCAACUACCUUGUCUCUCACUAUAAAAUACACAGAGGGGAAAAACCAUAUAAAUGUUUUGAGUGUGGAAAGAGCUUCUGUUACCCGAGUGUACUUACUUCACAUCAAAGAAUCCACACUCGGGAGAAACCAUAUGCCUGUUCGGACUGUGGGAAAAGGUUCAGCCACAGCGCAAGUCUUACUUCCCAUCAAAGAAUCCACAUAGGGGAGAAACCUUAUAAAUGCACAGAGUGCGGAAAGAACUUCAGUCGAGGUGAUUCCCUUACUUCCCAUCAGAGGAUUCACGCUGGGGAGAAACCGUAUCAGUGCUCGGAGUGUGGAAAGACUUUCCGCCACAUUGCAAGUCUGGCUUGUCAUCAGAACAACCACACAGGAGUGAAGCCGUAUAAAUGCGCAGUGUGUGGAAAGAGCUUCAGUUGGGAGAAGUCCCUUACUGCGCAUCAAAGAAUACACACUGGGGAGAAACCAUAUACUUGCUCAGAGUGCGGAAAGCGCUUUCGGUGGAGCAGACUUCUCAGCGUGCAUCAAAGAAUCCACAAAGGAGAAAGACCGUAUAAAUGUUCAGUGUGCGGAAAGAGCUUUGGUCAGAGUAACUCCCUUACUUUGCAUCAGACAGUGCACACGGGGGAGAACCUGUACAGCUGCUCGGAUUGUGGCAAGAGCUUAUCACGUAAAUCCUACCUUAUUAACCAUCAGAGAAUCCACAUGGGGGAGAAGCCAUAUAAGUGCUUUGAAUGUGGGAAGAGUUUCUGUGUGAGCUCAAAGCUGACUUCCCAUCAAACAGUUCACACCGGGGAGAAGCCAUAUAAAUGUUUGCCAUUUGAAUGCUCCGAGUGCGGGAAACACUUUGCCACCAGCUCGCACCUCAUCAACCAUAAGCGGGUCCACACAGGUGAGAAGCCGUACAAGUGCCUGAGCUGCGGGAAAAGCUUCACGGAGAGAGGCAACCUGCUCAAACACCAGAGGACCCACACGGGCGAGAAGCCGUACGAGUGCUCCGACUGCGGGAAGGCCUUCGGCAUCAGCUCCCAGCUCAUCAGUCACAAGAGAGUCCACACCGGCGAGAAGCCGUACGAGUGCCUCGAUUGCGGCAAAAGCUUCUGCACCAGCUCCCAGCUCGUCCGCCACAACAGGGUACACACGGGGGAAAAGCCCUACGAGUGCUCUGAGUGCGGGAAAACCUUCAGCCAGAGGUCCUACCUCGUCGGGCACGAGAGGACCCACACCGGGGAGAAGCCCUUCAACUGCUCGCAGUGCGACAAGUGGUUCUCGCACCGGUCUGACCGUCUGCGGCACGAGAAGAUCCACACGGGGGAGAAGCCGCACAAGUGCGCCGACUGCGGCAAGGGCUUCAACCAGAAGGGCUCCCUCGUCACCCACCAGAGGACCCACACGGGGGAGAAACCCUUCGAGUGCUCCGAGUGCGGAAAGAGCUUCAACGACCGGGGCUACCUCGUCACCCACCGGAGGACCCACACGGGGGAGAAGCCGUACGAGUGCAUGGACUGUGGGAAGAGCUUCAGCCGGACGUCCCACCUGACUGCGCAUAAAAAGACACAUGCAGGAGAGAGGCCCUAGCAUGAACAGCCAGUACGGUGUAGCGGCUGGAGCGUCGGACCAGGACUAGGGAGACCUGGGUUCUAGUUCCCACUCAGCCAUGGAAGCUCACUUUGGGCCAGUCACUAACUUUGUGUCUAACUACCUCAUAGGGUUGUUGUGGGGAUAAACUGGAGAGGAAGAAGAAA